AUUUCCCCUAGAAAUGUACAAAAACUAAACUAAAACACCCAAAGUCACAUAGUCCUGCCAACAAGCAAACAAACAAAUGCUGAAAAACAAAAUAACAGCUCUCCUAACCACAAAACUCUUCUUCUUUGACCUUUAAAUCAAAAGUCCAUCGAUUCUCUAUAUCACACUCAUGACACAUCCAUUCUCAUCACGACAUAUAUAACCACUCAAUUACACGAUCCUCAAAACAGUAAAACAUCACAAACACAAUCAUGUUACCACUACUAUUAUUCCUGUUCCUGUUACGUCCAUAUUCAACAACCUUAAAUGCAGAAACAAUAACGACCAUCAACGUAUGGCCCAAACCAAGAAACCUCACGUGGACCUCACCACACCAAACAACACUCCUCUCACCAACAUUCACAAUCACCACCACCACUCCACACAACAACAACCACCUUACCGCCGCAAUCACCCGUUACACAAACCUCGUCAAAACAGAACACCACCGUCCGUUAAUUCCGCCAACCUCAAACCACUCUAACAACCUACCACCUCUAAGUUCCCUAACAAUAAGCGUAACGGACCCAAACGCCGAACUCAUCCACGGCACAGACGAGUCAUACACGCUAACAGUAACAACUUCUAACGCCAAACUAACGGCUUUAACAGCGUGGGGGGCAAUGCGUGGACUGGAGACGUUCUCACAACUGGCGUGGGGGUAUCCAACGCGCGUGGCGGUUGAUGUGCGUGUGUGGGACGCACCGUUGUAUGGACAUAGAGGAGUUAUGUUGGAUACUUCGAGGAAUUAUUAUCCAGUGAAGGAUUUGUUGAGGAUGGUUGAAGCGAUGAGUAUGAAUAAGGUGAAUGUUUUUCAUUGGCAUAUAACGGAUUCUCAUUCGUUUCCUUUGGUGGUUCCUUCGGAGCCAAGUUUGGCUGAGAAAGGAGCUUAUGAUGUUAAUAUGGUUUAUACGAUUGAGGAUGUUAAAAAGGUUGUGGAAUUUGGGCUUGAUCGUGGGGUUCGUGUUUUGCCUGAGAUUGAUUCGCCAGGGCAUACAGGAUCUUGGGCCUUAGCCUACCCUGAAAUUGUAACCUGUGCCAACAUGUUCUGGUGGCCAGCUGAAAGUGACUGGCCUAAUCGUCUUGCUUCUGAACCAGGAACAGGUCACUUGAAUCCCUUAAAUCCCAAGACAUACAAAGUCCUAAAGAAUGUCAUACGCGACGUAACCACAUUGUUUCCGGAAAAUUUUUAUCAUUCCGGUGCUGAUGAGGUCAUACCAGGUUGCUGGAAAACCGAUCCAACAAUUCAGAACUUUCUAUUAAAUGGUGGAACUCUCAACCAAGUCCUCGAGACGUUUAUCAACAACACUCUCCCUUUCAUUAUAUCCCUCAACCGCACUGUUGUCUAUUGGGAAGACGUAUUGUUAGACGAAACAGUCCAUGUUCAAUCGGCGGUUCUCCCUAAAGAACAUGUGAUUUUGCAGACAUGGAAGAAUGGACAUAAUAACACUAAAAGGAUAGUAUCUUCUGGAUACCGCGCGAUUGUGUCGUCAUCAGAUUUCUAUUAUCUUGACUGUGGCCAUGGUGACUUUACUGGAAAUAACAGUGCUUAUGAUAACCAAACAGGUAGUGACAAAAACAAUGGUGGAUCUUGGUGCGGACCUUUUAAAACAUGGCAAACUAUAUACAAUUAUGAUAUUGCAGAUGGACUGACGGAAGAAGAAGCGAAAUUGGUUUUGGGUGGGGAAGUAUCGUUGUGGUCGGAACAAGCUGAUGAAACUGUUUUGGAUUCCCGAAUUUGGCCUAGAACAUCUGCAAUGGCCGAAUCAUUGUGGUCGGGCAAUAUGGACGAAAAGGGUAUGAAGCGAUAUGCAGAAGCAACUGAUAGAUUGACUGAAUGGAGAAGCAGAAUGGUUAGAAGAGGUAUAGGGGCUGAGCCUAUUCAGCCACUUUGGUGUAUUAGGAACCCUGGCAUGUGCAAUACAGUAUAUCCAAUAUAGUUAGCUGCAUAGCUCUAAAUUGUGGUUGCAUUUACAAUGUAAACCAUGAUAUUGUGGCGAAGUGCAGGAAACUACAGAUGCAAUUGCAAUUGUAAUAUUGUUACAGAGACUUCUAAAAUCUUUAUAUUGAGACCACAUUUAGAACUAUGAUUAGUUGAUAGUUGCAUUGUUUUUUGUUCUGCUCACAAAAAGGAAAAAACGAUCUAUUCGAGUAUACUUUAUUUUCUAUUACUUUUUAUUAAGUUUUCUUUUUAUUAGGUUUGUUAGGAGAGAUUGUAGUUGGUAAGCAAUAUUACAUAUAGAUUUGAACAUUAAGUUUU